AUGCCUGGGCUACUUGCGCGGGUGCCCUGGACCGCACUGCUAUUGUUAUGGCUCUGUUUAGCCAUACUAUUAGACGCCGGCACUAAGGAUACAGCAAACAUGUAUGCUCAUGCCUAUGAGAGAAUGUGGCUAUGGGAGAGAUACAACAUGGCCAUUGCUAUGCAAACAAAAGACAAAGAGGGAAAGAUUAUAGACCAGAAUGAGAUUUUGCCCAUGAAGUACAAGACAGGUGGAGAGCAGGGAAUCAACAAUAAACACUGGGACCAAGAGACUGGGACACGAGAAGGCCCUCUGCAUUACAAUGAGUUUAUGCUGCGACUUGACGGCGUGCCAACCAACGAACGAAACCUGCCCCCAAAGAUUACCCCUCCGUCCGGUGUUGAUGAUCUUGAGCGCGCUGCACGAGAACUGAUUGACCACCAUCUAACUAAGAACCUGAAGAUUGAUUAG